CUCCGUGUUAGUCAUAUCAACAAAGCUGGGGGUGGGAAGGAAUCGAGUGAAAACCGUGAAAACUCGACGUGCGCAUUGAUUUUCUACUGGCUGCCUGUAAGGAUACAGUAGGAAUAAUCGCUGGAUAACUACUGCAGUGUCCUUAUCCUCUGCUGCAGCCGUGAAAAUUAUUCGUCAUUUCGGAGGAUUUGCAAGCAGUUGAAGUUGGCAAGAAGUGCUCAUCCCAUGGUGUUGUAAGUGCAAUAGGAAAUUGAACAAUAAAUUAUCGAGCGCUACAAGUUUUGGCGAAAGGAAAUUGCUAGGCAAAAUACAAUUUUGAGAGGAAACCGUAGCAAAAUCUAUUCUGGAGACGAAUAUCUGCUGUUGAUAUUGUAAUUCACAAUCACGAUGGCAGUUAUGAUGAAAGCAACCAAAUGUCCUACGGACGAGUUGUCCCUUAAGAAUAGGGCCAUCGUCAACAGUACGGACUUUCCGGAGGACAUCAAGUACGUUGAUAUCUCCACUGCACCCGGGCAGCAUUUUAUUUUUUCAGUGGAACGAUGCCAGGACGUUUCUAACUAUUGCAUCGGGUUUUCCUUACUCCAACGAAAGUGGGCAACAUUGUCAAUUAAUCAGGACAUAUCGGUGAAACCCUUCUUUUUCGAACGUUCGUCUGAAGUGUUGUGUAACGUGUGCAUCGAGGUAGACUUUCUGCAAAAGAAAACAACUACUCUGGAACCCUAUGAUAGUGAUCAAAUGGCGAAAGAUUUUGUGCUUCAAUUUUCCGGUCUGGCCUUGACCGUGGGUCAACCGCUUGUUUUUAGUUUCCAGGACAAGAAACUGCUCGGAUUAUGCAUUAAGUCGCUAGAUGCGAUUGACGCUAGUGUUUCUGUUCAGGGAGAGAAGAGUAAGCUGGAUACUAAGAAAACCAACUUUGGUCGAUUGCUAGGAAAUACAACCGUUACCUUUGAAAAGGCGGAAAAUUCAUCGCUGAAUCUUGUCGGAAAGGCAAAAGGCAAGAUCGUACGUCAAUCAAUUAUCAAUCCGGAUUGGGACUUUGGAAAAAUGGGAAUCGGUGGUUUGGACAAGGAAUUUAAUGCCAUUUUCCGGCGUGCGUUUGCCUCUCGAGUUUUCCCACCGGAAAUCGUGGAACAGCUGGGCUGUAAGCACGUGAAAGGCAUUCUGCUUUACGGACCUCCCGGAACUGGUAAGACGUUGAUGGCUCGACAGAUCGGUACAAUGUUAAACGCGCGCGAACCGAAGAUUGUGAAUGGCCCUCAGAUCUUGGACAAAUAUGUAGGCGAGUCGGAAGCUAACAUCCGGCGACUGUUUGCCGAUGCUGAAGAGGAAGAGAAAAGGCUUGGUCCAAACAGCGGGUUGCAUAUCAUAAUCUUCGACGAAAUUGAUGCUAUUUGCAAAUCUCGAGGCAGUGUUGGUGGUAACAGUGGCGUUCACGAUACCGUCGUCAAUCAAUUGCUGGCUAAGAUUGACGGUGUUGAACAGCUGAACAAUAUUUUGGUUAUUGGUAUGACCAACAGAAGGGACAUGAUCGACGAAGCUUUGAUGCGUCCGGGUCGAUUGGAAGUACAAAUGGAAAUCAGUCUUCCCAACGAAGAAGGUCGGGUUCAGAUUUUGAAUAUUCAUACGAAGCGCAUGAGAGAAUUCAAGAAAAUCAAUCCUGAUGUAGACAAUAAGGAACUAGCAGCAUUAACGAAAAAUUUCAGCGGUGCCGAGCUGGAAGGCUUAGUGCGUGCCGCUCAGUCAACCGCUAUGAACCGCUUGAUCAAAGCAGCAUCCAAGGUAGAAGUUGAUCCUGAGGCAAUAGAGAAACUGUUGGUCAACAGAAGUGAUUUCAUGAAUGCCCUUGAAAACGACAUAAAACCGGCCUUCGGUACGGCACAAGAAGCCUUGGAGAAUUACCUCAUCCGUGGUAUCCUCAAUUGGGGGCUUCCGGUUGCGCACGUUCUGGAAGAUGGUGCUCUCUAUACUCAGCAAGCUCGCGCUAUCGAAAGCUCAGGAUUGGUUUCAAUCUUGUUGGAAGGCCCACCGAAUUCUGGAAAGACUGCACUGGCAGCACAAUUGGCCAAGAUGUCCGAUUUCCCAUUCGUGAAAGUGUGCACACCGGACGAAAUGGUUGGCUUCACGGAGAACGCUAAAUGUCUGCAGAUCAGAAAGUACUUUGACGAUGCGUAUCGUUCCACGUUGAGCUGUAUCCUUGUGGAUAACAUCGAACGGCUAUUAGAUUAUGGUCCCAUCGGACCACGAUACUCCAAUCUCACGCUGCAGGCUUUGCUUGUUUUAUUGAAAAAGCAGCCACCUAGGGGAAGGAAGCUACUCAUUGUCUGCACUACCAGCCGAAGACAAGUUUUGGAGGAUAUGGAAAUGUUGUCAGCAUUUACUGCCGUGUUACAUGUGCCGAAUUUGUCGCAACCGGAGCAUAUUCUCUCAGUAUUGGAACAAGAAUCCGACGUGUUUACCAAGCAGGAUCUCUCUACCAUCUAUAAGAGAAUGAAGGGUCACAAAAUAUUUGUCGGCAUCAAAAAGCUGUUAGAUCUCGUUGACUUAACCAGGCAAACUGAUCCGCCGCAGCGUGUGAACAAAUUCCUCUCCAAACUUGAAGAGGAAGGAGCGCUUGAUGCUGGCACUUCCAUCCAUUAACUUAUAAACGGAGGGUAGCUAUGGGAUCUAAGUAUUAUCUCUUUCAACGACGUAUUUUAAGGACAGAAAAGAAAAA